AUGUUUACAUCAAGGGAGGGGGUCACUCUUGACUCGAUAGCUGCUCCUUUGAGACGCUGGCUCUUUAACCCUGUUAUCACAGCACCGGUAGCUCUUCUUCUAUCGGGCUUGGCUACAUACACUCCAGACACAAUCGUCACUAGGUUCCUUUUCCCAGUCUACGCGCUAACUUUCGCUGGUGCUCUUCUGUCUCUAAACGACUAUUUAGACAAGCAAUUUGCCAACAACUGGGUAUCGGAUAAGACGUGGAACUGGGAUGAAGAGAUUGUCGUUGUCACGGGAGGAAGUGAUGGUGUCGGCGCCAGUAUAUCCAAGCAGCUCAUCGCUCGAAACCCAAGAACUCGAAUUAUAAUUGUCGAUUACGCUCCGCUGAAAUUGCAACAUAAGCAAGAAGGGGCUCGCGUGUCGUAUUACCAGUGCGAUCUGAGCGACUCCAAUGCCCUGAGGUCUACCUGUGAGCUCAUCAGAAAUGAGGUCGGGCAUCCUACGGUGUUAUUCAAUAAUGCAGGAUUGGUCCGCGGAGCAACCAUCAUGGAAGGGUCGUACGGGGAUGUCGAGGCCACGGUGAAGACGAAUCUCAUUGCCCCGAUGCUUCUUGCCAAGGAGUUUUUGCCAGAGAUGGUUAAGAGGGACCACGGACAUAUCAUACACACGGGCAGCUUGAGUUGUGUGACACCACCAGCCAUGAUUGCAGAUUACGCCGCGACGAAGGCCGGGCUGUUAGCAUUACACGAGGCCCUUCAGUUGGAGCUCAAGAACAUUCACAAUGCACCUCGUGUACGGCUCACAUUCGGCAUGUUCUGCUUCAUCCGCACAGCUCUCGUCAGCGGCCAUACGAAUGUGCCAAACCUUCUUUUGCCGUUCCUGCAGGUCGACACUGUGGGUGAAGCGAUGGUGAGCGCCGUGUACAGCGGCUAUGGGUCGAUCAUCUAUUUGCCUGGCAUCAACAGAGUAGCAACAACCUUGAGAGGGGGCCCCGAAUGGUUCUUUCGACUUGUUCGAGAGGGCACGGCCAACUUCCGAAUCAAUUUUAGAGGCCGGCAAGAAGUCGAUCCGCAGACGGGCAACAUGCUAAAGGCAUAG